GGGGGUGGGAGUGUAAACAGAGUGAAGGCGGCGCCGCGGCGGUCUCAGGCUCCGGCUCCUCGCGAAGAGCCCGUGGGACAUGGAAGAGGAUGACCAAGAGCAGCGGCGCAGGAAGGUGGAGGCCGGGAGAGCGAAGCUUGCUCAGUUCCGACAGAGAAAAGCAAAAGGUGACGGUACGCAUCCGAAGAAAACGACGGCGAAGAGGAAGAGCACGGCUGUCUCUGCGCCUGUGCCGGAGGAGGAGGCGAGCACGGUAGCAGGACCUGGGGGGCUGCCUGCCCAGAGGCCAGGAGCAGUGCAGGAGCUUGACCUGGAAGAGGAGCUUGAGGCCACUGUGCUGAGGGGCAGAGGAGAAGAUGAGAGUGGCGAGCAGGAGGAACUGGUGGGCUCAGAGCUGCUGCAGACCCAGGAGAGUUGCUCAGAAACCCUGUCUCUGCAACCGCCACCUGCCCUGGAGCUUGAGGCCCUGCGCCUAAGCCUGAGUAAUAUGCACACGGCACAGCUGGAGCUGACGCAGGCCAACCUGCAGCGGGAGAAGGAGACGGCGCUGGUGGAGCUGCGCGACAUGCUGAAUGGGCGGCAUGCCCAGGAGCUGGCUCUGGCGCAGAGCCGGCAGCAGCUGGAGCUCGAGCAGGCCCGCGAGCAGCAUGCACGGGAGCGGGCGGAGCUGGCCCUGCGCUGCGGCCAGGAGACAGCUGAGCUGAAGGAGAAACUACAGUCAGAAAUGGAAAGAAAUGCAAAGAUGAUAGAGAUCCUGAAGCAAGACUGGGAGUCCCAGAGGGAGCUAUGCUUAGCAAAUCUGCGUGAAGAGUUGUCUGCAAAGCACCAGUCAGAAUUGAAGGAUUUGCAAGAUCAGUUCAGGAAAGAAUUGGCAGACCAGAAAACAGAGUUGGAGAAGAUCUUUCAGGCCAAAAACCAGGCUGAGUGUGCCCUGCAGACACUGGAGGCCCAGCACGAAGAGGCUGUGCGCCAACUUCGGGAGGACCUGCAGGCUGAGCGCUGCCAGUGUCUGGAGGGCCUGGAGCUGAAGUUCAGGGAACAGGAACAAGAGAAGCAGCGGGAGCUGGAGGACCUUCGGGCAUCCUACGAGGAGCUAAAGGCCCAGUCCCAGGAGGAAAUCAGGCGCCUUUGGGCCCAGCUGGAGCCAGCAGGACCCGGCAGACAGCACCCCAGUGAACCAGAGGAGCAGCUCCAGGCACAAGCCCCCUGUGUGGAGGACCUGGAAGGCCUGAAGCGGGACUUUGUCCAGCGCCAGCAACAGGAAAAAGCUGAACACGAGUCAGAGCUGGAGCAGCUGCGGCUUUAUUUUGAGCAGAGACUGAGGGAGGCUGAGAAGAGCUAUCAGGAGGACUUGACACUGCUGCAGCAGCGGCUUCAGGAGGGGACAGCUCACUCACUCCUGGACACAGGCCCGGCCAGCACGUUUGGAGAGGCUCUUGAGGGGGAAGGCAAUGGGCAUCCCAGCAGCCUCCUGCAGCCAGAGUCACACGAGCUGGACGAUGAUGUGUGGGAGACCUCCCUGGAUGUGCCUGAGGGUCUGCAGCUUACAGGAACCCCGGGCUGCACAGGGGAUCAGCUUGUGGGACUCUCAGACGAGCCUGACCAAGGCCUGGCCCGUGUGUGUCUCCGCUGUGCACAGGACACAGCCCUGGAGGUGGAGGCUGAGGUGAAGGCCCGAGUCCUGUCUCUGGAGACCGAACACAAGGUACAGCUCGUGCUCCUGCAGACAGAGCUCAAGGAAGAGAUGAACUUCCUGAAAAUAGAAAACAGAAACUUGCAUGAGAAGCUGCAGCACGAAGUCGGCCUGAGAGAAAACUUGGAGAAGGUAAAACACAGUUUGAUAGAAGAUCACCUGGAAGAGCUGAAGAGAACUAAGGAGAAGCAUCAGGCCCUCAAGCAUGAACUUCAGGAAAAGGAAGCAGAGUGGACAGUGAUGAGUGAGGACCAGAAGAGAAAAGCUGAAGAGAAACUGACGCUCCUCCUCCUGGAGCUGAGGGAACGGGCGGAAUCUGAGAAACAGUCCAUUAUUGACAAGUUUGAGCUUCGAGAAGCAGAAAUGCGGCAGCUUCAGGAGCAGCAGGCCACCCAGAUCCUGGAGCUGGAGGCGUCGCUGGUGGAACAGCAAGGCCGCCUGCGGCAGCUGGAGCUUGGGCUUGUUGGGGACGAGGCCACGCGGUGCAGUCAGUGUGGCCGGGAGCCAGGUGCUGCUGGGCCAUCGGCUGUGGAUGGGGGCUGGGAGCUGGCCAUGCUGCGCCUGAAGGAGGACUAUGCACUCCAGCUGAGGCAGGCCCAGAAUCGGUUUUUAGAGGAGCGUAAGGAGAUCACAGAGAAGUUCUCCAUAGAACAGGAUGCCUCGCUGCGCGCAGCCCAGGAGCAGCAUGCUGGAGAGCUGCAGCUCCUGCAGCAGAGGCACCAGCAGCAGGUUCUGACCCUGACUGCGGAGCUCGAGGCAAAGCAUCAGGCCCAGCUGGCGGAGCUGAAGACCUCGUUGGAGAGUGAGCACCAGGCCCUAUUCGAUGCCCGCGUGGCCGAGCUGCAGACCAAGCAUGCUGCCCAGGUCAGUGCUUUGGAGGCCAAACAUUCAUCCAACCUGGAUGCUCUGGAGGCCUGCUGCCUAUCUGAGAUUCAGGGCAUUCGGGAUGAGCACCGGCAUACCCUGGAGCUGCUGCGUGCCGACUUUGAGGACCAGAUGCGGAAAAAGGACUCUUCUUACCAAGCGAGCUUGGUGCAGGAGCUGGAGAAACUGCAGCAGAAACACGACGAGGAGAGGCGUUUGGCCCAGGAUGGCCCGGGAGUGGAGACACAGAGCUCCAGCCCUGGAGGGGGUCUCACCUCCCCAGCCUCCGAGCUCCAACCCGCACGGCAGGAGGAAGAGCUUCAGCAACUUAAUGGUGAACAGACACGGUCUCUGUCGCAAAGCAGAGAGAUGCAUUCCUCACUGCAGCCUGAGGAGGAUCCCCAGAUUCAGCAGUUGAAAAACCAGAUUUUAUCCUUAAGUCAUGAACUGGAAGUGCGUGAUUCAGAGCUGGAGAAACUGCAACAAAGGCGCGAAAGGGAAAACCAGGAAGGCACAAACCUCAUCUCCAUGCUGAAAUCUGAUAUCGACCAGUCUCAUGGGGAAAGGAGGGUGCUGCGCGAUACCCUGAAGAGGCUGUUGGGUCUCUUUGGAGAGACACUGAGGGCUGCCACUGCCAUGAGGAGCCGCAUCAGUGAGCGUGUGGGGCUGUGCCUGGAUGACGAGGUCCUGCCCAGUGCGCAGCUUGGGGAUGCGGUCCCCCAGGCAGUGCCGGAUCUUGACAACACCUGGUUGGGCUCUGAGCUGGCUGUGCUGGAUCUGGACACAACAGUGCCCGGAAGCAUGGAGGUGUCCUCGCUGGCUGAACUCAGUAGUCAUGUCUGUGAGAGCUUCUUCCUGAGUCCUGACCGCACCCUGGACUGGGACCAGCCUGUGAAGAAGGUGUUCCAGAGCCUGGGCCUGGCAGUGGACGGCCUGUUGGGGAUGGCCCUGGACUCCAGCAAGCAGCUGGAAGAAGCACGACAGCUUCAUUCUCGCUUUGAGAAGGAAUUUAGCUGCAAGAAUGAGGAGACGGCCCAGGUGGUCCGGAAGCACCAGGAGCUGCUGCAGCGUCUGGACGAGGAAAGCGCCACGAAGGCACGGCUACUGCUGGAGCUGCACAAGGCAGAGGGCCUCAUCGCGGGCUUCAGGGAGGAGCAGGCCAGCCUGCAGGAGGCCCUGGGUCGCAGGGACACAACGGAACAGGCCCUUGUGGAGGAGCUGGAGAGCCUUCGGGAGCGGCUGCAGCAGGCAGCUCGGCAGGUGUCGUUGCUACAGGAUGAGAACUCGGCACUACGGAGACAGAAGGAGGCGGUGGCGGCAGAGGCGCAGGACAGGGAAGCCGGCCUUCCUGUUACUGUAGCACACAAGGAUUCAGCCCUGCGCACGGAAGUGGCAUCUCUUGCCCAGGAGCAUCUGGAGACAAGGAAGCAGUGUGAGAAGGACCGUUCGGCCCUGCUGUCACAGAUGAGGGUUCUGGAAUCGGAGCUAGAGGAGCAGCUGUCACGGCAGCAGGCCUGUGCCCAGCAGGCUGAGGAGCUCACGGCUCUGCGGCAGCAGAUGGAGUCUCUGGACAAGCACCUGCGCAGCCAGCGGCAGUUCAUGGAUGAGCAGGCUGUGGAGCGGGAGCAUGAGCGCGAGGACUUCCAGCAGGAGAUCCGGCGGCUUGAGGAGCAGCUCCGUCAGGCAGCCAGACUGCAGCCCCAAGGACCCCGAGAUAGCGACCAGGCACAGCUGGGCCAGGAGGUUGAAUUGUUACAAGAAAAGUUGAAAGAACAGUCUUAUGGGUUGAAUGAACUGGCCAUGAAGAAGGACUUGGUGGAUAAGCGAGUGGCAACUCAGGAGCAGGAGAUCCAGCGGCUAGAGGAGGCCAAUGCCCACAGCAGCAAGCUGGUGGCACAGCUGCAGGGGGAGCUGGAGCAGCAGAGAAGAAUUGUGCAGGGCCUGCAGCAGGACCGAGAGGCGCUGCAGGAGCAACAGAUGAGCCACUUGCUUCUGGUGUCCUCUUUGCAGUCCAGGCUAGAUGAGGCCAAGUGCCCCAUGCCUGCACCAGGGGGCCAUCUUGAGGACCCGCAAGGCCAGCUUGAGGCAGCGCAGGAGGUACUCCAGCAGCGGGAGAACGAGGUUUUGGAUUUAAAAGAUCAACUAGAAAAGAUUAAAGCUGAUAUGGUCAAUAAAGACCAAGAGGUGCUGCACCUGAACUUAAAGCAGAGCCACACGGCCACCUGCAUCCAGGAGUUGCAGGAGGAGAAUGCCCGCUUGAUGGCCGCAUAUGACAGAAGUUCUGAAAUCGAGGAACUGAAGUCCAUAAUUGAGAAUCUUCAUGAGAACCAGGAGAGAUUGCAGAAGGAUAAAGUGGAAGAGAUCGAACAACUCCAUGAGGUCAUCGAGAAGCUUCAGAGAGAGCUGUCCCUGGUGGGCCCUACAGGACACGAGGUCAGCAAAGGCCAGGCUGGGAGCCUGCAGAGCGAGCUAGACGGGGCUGUGGCACAUGGAGCACUGGCCAGUGAGCUCCAGGCUGCUCUGGCAGCCAAAGAGGCCUUGAGCCAGCUGCUGGCUGAGCAGGAGCAUGGGCACAGCCAGGCCCUGGAAACCCUGCGCCAGCGCCUGCAUGAUGCUGAAGCAGCAGCUGCCACAAGGCUGGCUGAGCUGGAGCGCAGCACGGCCCUCAGGGAGACUGAGGCCCAGGGCCUGGCCUCCCGGAUCCGAGAGUGUGAAGCCAGAAUCGCAGACAGAGAGCUGGAAAUCGCCUGCCUGAGCAGACGCAGGUGGGCACACUCCACCCAGCUGGAGGCCAUCCUGGCGGCCUUUGCUCGCUUCCGAGGGGCACUGGAGAGACAGUUGCUGUCAACCACCGAUGAGACACCAGAGCUGCAGAGACUCCGAACACAGUGCGUCCGUCUCAGCCGUCAGCUACAGCUGCUGAACCAGCGCUUCCUGCGGUGUCAGAAGGACCUGGGUCGGCAGCAACAGCCUCGGGGACCCUGCCACCUCCGUGGGGAGGGCUGCGCCCUGGCACAGAGUUCCUGGUCCGAGGAGCCCUCAGGGGACCAAGACUUAGAGCAGGACAUGGGCAGCAAGGUGCAGAGCUUGGCGUCCCUUGGCCGUGGCUGUGAUCCACAGAGUCCAGUGGCGGCAGAGCUGCACCCGGACAAAGCCCUGGUGGUUUUCACUGAUGCUGGACCCCUCAAGUGUGACAACAUGUUGGUGCUCAGUGCCCGCCAGGAGCAGCUGUGCUCUGAGCUGCUCUUGGUGAAGGCUGAGGGCCACCAUGGCAGCGAAGCACCUGUGCAGGACGAGGAAGAGCCCCUGGGCAAGUAUCAGCUGGGAAAAGUUGACCUCAUAACUCAAGUGAAGCAGCUGCAAGAGAAACUGAACCAUCUGGUACACAGCAUGAACUACCAGAGCCAGAGCGCAGAGGCAGGCAGCAGCACUAGUGAUGGAGAAGAGGCUGAUGGACUGUGUCCUCCGGCAGCGUCUCCUGCUGAUGAAGCCACGCGGGACCUGGUCACCUGGCCUGGGGCUCAGGGCCCUAUGGGAGGAGUCAGGCAGUGGAGGAUCCCUGAUGGGGACCUCCCAGGGUCUCCCCAGGCCAGCUCAUGCUGCAGCCCCAGUGAGCUCGGCCAUGCACAUGUUGGGGCUGAGUGCUUAAAGAAUGCACUCAGGGCUUUGGACCUGUCUUCCUGGAGUUCUCCUGAGCUGCUCAGGAAAGACUCGUCCCUCGAGCCCCAGCCUGGCCUGCCCUUCACCCCAUGUGUGGAUGUCCUGAGCCAGUACAGCUUGGAUGUGUCACUACAGGGCGGGCUGAGUGACCUAGUGUCCCAGGCUAGCUGCCCGGGGCUGCUCGGUCUUCCGGAGAUCUCUGCACCAAAGAAAUCUCCACCAAUAGUGGACAGAGGAUCCUCAGCAGACCAGCACUUGCAGCGGACAUCUGUGGAAAAAGAUGUUGAAGAUUUUAUCAUAACAUCUCUUGAUGCUCAAGAAAAGUCAAGCUCACCUCCCCCUGAGUUGGAAGGGAAGAGUGAUGGAAGUGGAGAGGGUGAUAGCUCAGGGCUUGGAGAGACACUGACCCAAGAUCUCCAGAGCCUCGCAGCUGCUUGUCCUGCUGUGCCUUCCCCCACUUCCAGAAAGUCGUGCCACUGCCCAGCAGCCAUGAAAGAGAAGGACCUGCACCCACAGCAAGUGAAGGCUCUGCUUCAGAUGGUGUGUGAUGAGAGCCACCAGAUAUUGGCUUUGUCCGAGUUCCAGGCCCACCCCAGUGCUCUGAGCAAGGGGGAGCCGAGAGUCCCGCUUGAGCAUUUCCUGUGGGAGCGCCAUGGUGUUGUGGAUUCAGCAUCGGUUCUGAGGGGGCUUCCAACCCCAGCAACCCAAAAGCACGAGCAGGGUCAGAAGUCCUCUGGCCUGAACCCAGACUGGAAGGGGGAGUUCCUUCAGGUGGUGCCCGGGGCCUGUGAGCAGCUGCAGGUGCCGCAGUCGAGCUCGGAUGCCCCCUGCAUCUCCAGUGCCCUGUGGGAGAGGCUGGAAAAGGUGGUGCGAGACCAGGGCGCAGCACAGGAGUCUCUGGAACCCCCGCAGCCAUCAGAGAGGACCCGCCUGCUGUCAGAGAUCCAGGCUCUGCGUGCUCAGCUACGUCUGACACACUUGCAGAACCAGGAGAAGCUGCAGCAGCUGUGCACGGCACUAACCAGCACCGAGGCCCGAGGGAGCCGGCGAGAGCACCAGCUGCGCAGACAAGUUGAGUUAUUGGCGUAUAAGGUUGAGCAGGAAAAAUGCAUAGCAAGUGACCUACAAAAAACGCUGAAUGAAGAGCAAGAGAAAGCAAGUAACAUUCAGAAGCUUCUGGUGGUGGAACAGACCACAGCGAAGGAUCUGAAAUCUGAACUCCGCGAGUGUAGACAGGAGAAUGAAAGACUGCUACAGUCCCUCAAUGACGUGCAGAAGGAGGUUCUCCAGCUGAGAUCUGUACUGGAUGGGAAAGAGAAGGAGCUACGUGCGGCGCUGCUGGAGCUAGAGAGCCAGCGUGGGCGGGAGUGCAGCCUGCAGAGCCGGCUUGAGGAGGAGCGCCAGCGCCACCUGCACACAGAAGGCCAGAGCACCAAAAGCUUGGAGGAAUUAAAGGCGUCUUUGGACAAGCAGUUUGCUCGCAGUAACCGCCUGUGUGUUGCACUGAAACAUGAACAGAUGACCAAGGACAAUCUCCAGAAGGAGUUGCGGAUUGAGUCGUCUCGCUGUGAGGCACUGCUGGCGCAGGAGCGGGGCCGCCUGUCUGAGCUACAGCAGAGCCUGGAGGCUGAGCGGAGCCGCGCACAGGAACUAACCGAGGCCUUGCACCACGAGCGUCUCCUGACAGAGCAGCUGAGCCACAGAGCCCAGGAGGUCUGUGCCCUCCAGGAGACACAGGCACAGCAGGUACUGCUGCGGAAGUUGGAGGAGGAGCAGGCCCGGGUGCGGGAGCUGCAGACCACACUGCAGAAGGCACAGCAGCAGGCCAUGCGCACACAGCAGCGACUGGAGGCCGAGGCGCAGAGGCGCUACACAGAGCUGCAGAAAGAGAAGGAGCGAGAAUUGGAGCUGCAGUGUCAGCGCAGUGAGCACAAGAUGAAACAGCUGCAGCGGAUGCUGGGGGAGCUACAGGCGGAGGGUGCCGCACGGCCCAGCGCACAGUCGGAGCAGCUGCAUGCACAGCAGCAGGGACUGGAGAAGAUCAGGCAGCAGCUACUGUGUGCUGCGGGGCUGCUGACCAGCUUCAUCAACCAGACCUUGGACAGGACAAUUCAUGACUGGACGUCCUCCAACGAGAAGGCAGUGGCGUCUCUGCUGUGUACCUUGCAGGAGCUCAAGUCAGAGUUGACUGUACCCAGCUCCUCCCCGAAGAAAAUGGCAGCAGGGCUCCAUGUCCAGCUGGUGGAUGUUUUGCUGAAUGACAACGAGUCUCUCCGUAAGGCGCUUGGCACAGUGGCUGAGGAGAAAGCGGAGCUGUGCCGGGCAGUGUCCAAGCUGGAGAAGACCCUGAAGCACCACCUGCUAAAAGGCUGUGCACUAAGUAGGCCGGACAAAUCUAUGCGGAAGCUUGACAAGACGGUUCUGCAGAUGUCUUCCCAGCAUCCAGAGUCAGGAGUGAGGGCCCCGGCCCUCAGUGAGGAUGCUGACUCUGGCAGCUUGAAAAUGGAAAAAUUGUACCUGCAUUACUUGAGAGCAGAGAGCUUUAGGAAAGCCCUAAUCUAUCAAAAGAAGUAUCUGUUACUGCUGAUUGGUGGAUUCCAAGAUUCUGAGCAGGAAACACUCUCCAUGAUUGCUCACCUGGGAGUAUUUCCUUCUAAAACAGACAGGAGAGUGUCAUCUCGUCCUUUCACAAAGUUCCGGACCGCCGUGAGGGUGGUGAUUGCCAUCUUAAGAUUGCGUUUCCUGGUUAAGAAAUGGCAAGAAGUGGGUCGGAGAGGAGCCUUGGUCCCCAGUAGAGCCUCCCGCCCAGAAUUCUUAAUAUCACGACAUCAGGAGUCUCCCCCUGAGAGCAGUGAGUCCCCACCAACCCGGGAUGUGUCUUCGAGUCAUAGCAGGGAUCCUUUGCCUAGAGCUUCCCUACGGAGGAGAAGGGAAAGGUUCACUCUAUCCCCAAAUUCCAGAUCAGAAAUAUCCCUGACUGUGUCUCAAGAUCCGGAACAUUCCUUGACAGAAUAUAUCCACCAUUUGGAAAUGAUCCAGCAAAGACUUGGGGGAGUACCACCAGAUUCCACUUCAAAGAGAUCCUUCCGCCAGAAAAUUAAACAAUGAAUAAAAAAUCCUGUGGCUCUUACCUCUGCCAUUUAAGGAAGAGAUUUUUUUCCUUUUCCUGAGGAAAACUGACAGUGCAACUAUCGUCUGGAGCAGUGCCUUCUCCUCACUCAGCGCCCGAGAUGCCAGUCCGGGGAUCAUAGAUUGGGUGGUCUCACCUUUUUAUUGGGCUACAAAGCCUAAUGGAGUGCUUCCCAGACCCUCUGUGUUGUUGUCAUCACUCAACACAGAUGUGUUGUCACUCCUCCCUUCAAGAGCUGCUUCUGUACAUGUGGGCAGAGCCACCUGCCUUCUUCCAAAGAAGGGGGAGCAGACAUAUAGUCUUAUUUAGACAUAUAGUCUUAUUUCUUAAAGGGUACCGAUUAAACUGGGUUUUAAAAUGAAAACAUAAAGAAUAAAAUUAAAGCAUUGUUUUAUUUGUGAAUAACCCUCAUAUUAUUUGGUCUUACCCACUUUUUAUCAUUGACUCGCAAAAAUAAAAUAGAGACUUAAAAUUUAUAUAAAACACCCAUGUUGUUUUUUGGUUUGUUUUUUUUAACUUUCAGUAUUCUUCAUUUAGCAUUUACUUGCCAAUUAUGUACUCUUACUUGGUUUGUGUUUUUGUAAGUUGCUGUCAACUACUUACUUCUCAUGACUAACUUUUCAUAGUUUACCCACUUUCCCAAUUCUUUCAAAUUUAUUUCAUUAAAUAAAUUUAAUUUAAUCCCAUUUUAUUUCAUUAAAAAUGGGACCGGAGGGGCUGGAGCAAUAGCACAGCGGGUAGGGCAUUUGCCUUGUAUGCGGCCAACCCGAGUUCUAUUCCCAGGAUCCCAUAGGGUCCCCCAAGCACUGCCAAGAGUAAUUCCUAAGUGCAGAG